AUUGUGGCUUGGAUGUAGAAAGCUUAUACCUGAUUAAAGAUGAAGACGUAAAUGAACUUUUUCCUCAAACAAUGCUUGGUAUAAUGAUUAAAUUCCGGGAAAGACUUUCGCAUUGGCGACAAAACGCAGCGCGUACUAUUUCAUCUUUAAGUUCGUGUAAAAGCGGCCAGAAUUGCAGUCAGGAUUCACAAAAUUAUACAAAAUUCACGCAAACAAACUUAGAUGUGCUUCUAAAUAGCACACCAAAAGGAAAUAGUAUACUUCAACAAUACAAAGAAAAAUUAUUUCUGUUAGAUGUUCACAGAGAAGCUUUAGUGAACAUUAUUUUGAACUACUUCAGCGAACGGUCUCUACUUAUCGCAAUGAAAGAUAUUGUGAAUUUUUCGGAGCAAAUAGUGGCCUUAUUUCCCACUGAAAACAUGGUAAGUUAUACUGAAAAAAUUUAGUAUACGGUGAUUUUUUUACAUAUUCGCAAUAUUUUCCAUAAUAUAAAUGCUUUGUUAUAAAUCCAAGUAUUAAACUGUGUACGAAAUUUAGGAGAGUGCUGCAUAGCUUCAUCAAAAAUGCAACCCUUUUAAAAAAAUGUAUAAAAAAAAAUUUCAAGUAUGCAGUCUUAUAGCCCACUUUAGUAAAUGAAUGGAAAUUUUGUCGAAUUUUCAUAGGUUUUGUACACAGUUAGGACAUACAUUUCUAUUGUUUCGCGGCGUUAUUAUUGUAACCGCCGAGAAGGCAAAAAUCCUACAGGGAAGCUGUACGAUAAAGCGACAAAUGUUCGUAGAAAACUCAACAAGCAAAGUUAAGCUAAAUGAUACAGAAGUUUUAAAAAAUAAAGAUUCGGCGUCAUACAGCAAU